AUGAAUACUCCAUCAGAAAUGUGUGCAUACUGGCUCCCGGCAAUUAAUUUUGCUCUAGAUGGAGCUCCAAUUCCUUACAGGCCUGUUGGACAUCAUGCUAUGAAUAUAGUCCUACCGCCUGGAGAUCCAACAAUUGGAAUUUUGGGUGUUUGUAUAGCAGAAGCAUCUUUAUUAGAUCGGCUGGCAUCAUUAGUGUCUGCAUAUUAUAUAUUUGUUGGUAUAUUUGCAGGAAUAUCUAAAGCAGCAGGGCCAUGUAUGGAAGAUAAAUCAUUAGAGGAUUGGCCAUAUAUACCAUUAUUAUUUAUUUGGACACUACCUGUGAUUUAUAUUAGAAUAAGGAAAGGAAGAGUAGUAGAUAGAAUGCCCGGAGUAUUAGGAGGUCGAAUACCUGUUGCAAUUCCUUCACCAGUAAUAAUUAAUACCAGAAGAGCUCACACUGCAAUUACUGCUUUAGCUUCAGUUGCACUUCCUUGUCGGAUUUUUCUGCCGGAGCAAAUUUCUGACAAAGAGCACGCACAAGACCACGACUCUUCUUAUUGUUCCCAUCGUUUUCCAACCAUUUUUGUUCUAAACUUUAAACCCUUUUUACACAACCUUUCAACCGAUGAGAAUGUUUCAGUUUUACUUGUCCCAGAGGCCAGAACCCAUCAUAUUGUCUACAAUCGCAUCCCUUUGACAUUGCCUCACACUUGGGUAAAGUGGAGUCAACGUCCAUUCCCAGCACGAACAG